AUGUGUGAGAACGUCGAGUGCAGGUACGUCAUGGUGAGCGGUGGUAGGGACAUUCGCAAGGCGGAGAUAUGGGGAGGCGGCGAACGGGAGUCGCUGGUGUUGGUGCAGUGCCUGCGGUGUCAACACGAGUUUCGCGAGCGCGUGUUGUGA